AUGGGGGAAGCCGCGGAUCCAGCUCUGGCGGCGGUCCAGACGGCGACGGCGAAGGGGAGGGUGGCGCCGCCGAUGUCGUGGCGGACGCGGCUCUCCGUGCUGGCCGCGGGGUACGUCACCGACGCCACGAGCCGCGCCGACGGCACCGUGAACCGCCGCCUGCUGGGCGUGCUCGACAAGGGCGUCGCGGCGUCCGCGGCCCCGCGCAACGGCGUCGCCUCGCGGGACGUCACCAUCGACCCGGCCGUCCCCCUCCGCGCGCGCCUCUUCUACCCCUGCGCCGCUCCCACCGCCGCCGACGCGGAGGCGGAGGCGGAGCGCCCGGCGGCGGUGCCCGUCGUCGUGUUCUUCCACGGCGGCGGCUUCGCGUACCUCUCCGCGGCGUCCCCGGCCUACGACGCCGCGUGCCGCCGCAUCGCCAGGCACGCCGGCGCGGCCGUGCUGUCCGUCGACUACCGCCGCUCGCCCGAGCACCGCUUCCCCGCCGCCUACGACGACGGCUUCGCGGCGCUCCGCUUCCUCGACGACGGCGGGCCCGACGUACCCGGCCCCGGCGCCCCGCCGAUCGACGCCGCGCGGUGUUUCCUCGCGGGGGACAGCGCGGGCGGCAACAUCGCGCACCACGUGGCUCGCCGCUACGCGCUGGACCCGUCCGCCUUCUCCAACCUCCGCCUCGCGGGCCUUAUCGCCAUCCAGCCCUUCUUCGGCGGCGAGGAGCGCACGCCCGCGGAGCUGCGGCUCGUGGGCGCGCCCAUCGUCUCCGUGCCGCGCACCGACUGGAUGUGGCGCGCGUUCCUGCCCCACGGCGCCGACCGCGACCACGAGGCGUCGUCCCCCGAGGGCGCCACCGCGGGCAUCGACGCCGCCGCCGCCGCCGCCGCCGCCGGUUUCUUCCCGCCCGCCACGGUCGUCAUCGGCGGGUACGACCCGCUGCAGGACUGGCAGCGCCGGUACUGCGACGCGCUGCGCGGCAAGGGGAAGGAGGUGAGGGUGCUGGAGUACCCCGACGCCAUCCACGCCUUCUACGUGUUCCCGGAGUUCCCGGAGUCCAGGGACCUCAUGCUACGGAUCAAGGAGAUCGUCGCCGGCAGCAGCAAGUGA